GCACCCCAACACUAUACAACACAAUCAUUAACGCUCACAACAACAUAACAACGUUGGAAAGAAAGAAAGGACCCUCGUUGUCUCUCUUACUCACAACGCACGCUCCUUCAAUGAAUUCCCAUCUCAUGGAUUCAAAAUCCAAACUUUGGACGCCCCCUUCAUCUUCCACCGCCACCACCAGCAGCAGUAGCAGCAGCUGCAGCGAGAGCGACGACACCCCCUUCUCUUCCCAACGCAUCAUCCCAUUGCUCCCCACUUUCUUCCACCAUUCUCACCGAUCACUCGCGGUUCUCUCCGGCCACGUGGGCUCCGUCUCAUGCCUCGCCCUCUGCGGUGAGUUCAUCCUCAGUGCCUCGCAGGGUAAGGAUAUCAUUGUGUGGCAGCAACCAGAUUUAAGGCUCUUCGCCAAGUUCGGACAAGGCGACGGCUCCGUCAAGGCCCUCGCCACCGUCGCCAACAAGGUCUUCACCGCACACCAAGACAGCAGAAUCAGGGUUUGGAAAGUUUCCAGAAGCUCCGAAAACGUGUUCAAGCUCGUUGACACGCUCCCCACAACAAAGGACUAUUUGGGGAAGUUCAUGAAGCAGAGCAACUACGUCCAAACCCGGAGGCACCACAAGCGUUUGUGGAUUGAACAUGCCGAUAGUAUUUCUUGUUUGACGGUUUAUAAUGGGUUUGUUUACUCUGGGUCGUGGGACAAGACUCUUAAGGUGUGGAGGAUUUCCGAUUUGAAGUGUUUGGAGUCGGUGAAGGCUCAUGAUGAUGCUAUUAAUGGGUUGGUGGCGUGUAAAGGGGUUGUGUAUUCUGCUUCUGCGGAUGGAAAGAUUAAAGUUUGGGGGAGAAAAGAUGGGAAGGGGGAGCAUUGCUUGAAGGGGGUGUUGGAGGGUCGUAACAAAGAUGUUUCUUUUAACUCUGUUGUUGUGUCUGAGGAUGGGAAGUGGGUCUAUGGAGGAGGGUCUGAUGGGUUUGUGAUGGGGUGGGAGAGGUUUGACUUUGACUUUGAGAGAUGGAAGAUGGUUUCUGAGACUAAGGCACAUGAGAUGGCUGUGUUGUGCAUGUGUUUGAUGGGGGAGUUUUUGUGCAGUGGUUCGGCUGAUAAGAGCAUAGGGAUUUGGAGGAGAGAGGCUUUUGGUAAGCUUUGUAGGGUUGGGGUCAUAAGUGGCCAUGAAGGGCCUGUCAAGUGUUUGCAGGCCUCGUCUAAUAGAGUUGGUGGUGGCUUUUUGUUGUACAGUGGAAGCCUUGAUAAAAGUGUGAGAGUUUGGUGGGUCCCAAGGUAUAGUAGUAGUAACAAUGCAGAUGUAGAGGAUAGGGAUAACAACUCUACUAUACUUGGGAAAAUGAAUGAAUCUAUGAGUCCAUCUAUCGUAACAUGUUAGGAUAGGAACAUGUUGAAGGCUGAGUGAUGAAGCACACGAUCUAUUUUAACAGUGUCUGCAGUGCUUCCUUCUUGAUUUGUUUUCUGCUUCUAGGAUGCUGAAAUGAAGAGUUACUUCAGACUAGAAGGGCAAAUUGAAGAUUUUGUUUGUAUCUUGAAGUUGCUGUUUUGCUCUUCUGUUUGUAAUUGGUGUUGAUUUCACUUUUUUUUUCAGCUGAUUGUAGAAUUUUAGGGGGAAAUUAGGGGGCUUGGUUUAUUUAUUUAUUUAUUUUUGUUUUCUUAGUGGAGAACUUAGGGAACAUAGCAGAGUGGUGUGGUUAUACUUUUGUAUUUUGAAUUUCAUUGUUUUGUAUUUGUAUACAAUUGUAACUAUGCCUAUAAAGGAUUCGAUCAAUGCAAAUAAAUCAUGUUCUUUGUUGGUUGGA